AUGGGUCACGUCAUGUUCACGAAUCUAAAGUGCGUUACCCAUAAUAAAACCAUUGUUGAGUUUCAGAGCUGUGAAAUCAAAGCCUUUAAUCGAACCCACAAGUAUAUAAAUAUUCAUGCGAAAAAUAUAAAUGGGAAGAAUGUAACGAAUGCCAUAGUCAAUAUGAAGUUGCUGCGAUUUAAUAAUGGAUAUAAGCCAUUCCUUGUUAACGUUACCUUCGAUGUCUGCAAAUUUUUAAAGAACCAAAAUCAUCCCAUUGUCAAUCUAAUCUUCAAACCAAUAAAGUCAUAUACCAAUUUGAACCAUUCUUGCCCUUAUAAUGAUGAUAUCAUUGUGGACAAAUUCUGGACGGGAAAUCAUGAUGUUGAGUUCCUCAAAUAUCUUCCGAUACCAAAUGGUGAUUACAUUCUCGCCAUCACUCUUUACGUUAACAAUACUGAACUGAUAUCUACCUAUACUUAUGUACGGUUAACUUCAUAA